CAUCAUAUUCCACCCAGAUAAAAAAUAGUCAAUGCCUUGGAACCGUAUUUAUAUAACAACUUAACCUAAUGUAACUUAAGCGAACGUGAAAUAGCUUUAUUACCAAGUGAAAUCAGCAUAUCGCCCUCCAUAUUCUCCAAGAAUUUUUCAACCUGUCUAAUGUUAUGUUAUGUGGUUUCUUAUUGUCUGUCUUUAUUCAUUAUAGAUUUAACAUGGAGAAUGGUCAUCAGUGGCUUCAGUUGCGAAAUAUGCGGAGGAUGGAGGAGAUGGUCAGAGUGAGGCUGAGAAGAGUGAGGCUAAGAAAAGUCAUUCGGGAUCGCAGCAAUCCAUUUGAAGACCUUGCUGAGGAAGAAUUCCUCCAACGAUUCAGACUGACCAAGGAGUGUGUGCUGAAUCUGUUGCAAAACAUCAGAGGACACCUUCCCAUUGCUGCAGAUGCAAGAGGUUGCCCAAUACCACAGCAUCUGCAACUCCUUAUAACACUGAGAUGUUUGGCCACUGGUGGACACCAACUUACAAUCAGUGACUGCUACCAAGUCUCUCAGACAAGUAUUAGCAGGUGUAUCAGGACAGUGACGCCCAUUAUUGCUCAGAUGGCAAAGGACUAUGUGAAGAUGCCAACAGGUAUGAAUGCAAUAAGAGUAAUGGAAGGGUUUUUGGAGAUUGCCAGAAUGCCAGGAAUUGUUGGUGCUAUCGACUGCACAACCCACAUUCACAUUCUGCGACCAGCUUGUGAGAAUCCAGAACUGUACCGCAAUAGAAAAGGUAUCUUCUCCCUUAACUGUCAAGCUGUAUGUGGACCAGAUUUAACUUUUUUUAAUAUUGUUGCGAGAUGGUGGGGUAGUGCCCAUGACAGCAACAUUUUUAACAACAGUUUGUUACGGCAUGAAUUUGAGCAAGGCAUGCACAAGGGUAAGUUGUUAGGGGACAUGGGUUACCCUUGCCGUAGUUAUCUGUUUACUCCACUAAUGAAUCCCAGCAACCAAAGUGAAACAGCGUAUAAUGAGGCACACAUUAAAACAAGAAAUAAAAUAGAAUGUGCAUUUGGUGUCUUAAAAAGACGCUUUAGUUGCUUGGGCAAGCGUCUUUACACGGCUUUAGACACCACAAAAAAACAUUAUUGUAGCAGCAGUUGUGCUACAUAUUUUUGCAAUUCAGAGUAAUGUGCCUCUCCCAAAUCAUCAUCUUGAAUCAGACAAUGCAGAUUCGGAUGAUUCAAAUGCAGAUGAUGAUGGUGUUGACCCAGAAGCAGCCAUUGCUAACAAUAAUGCAGCACAACAAGCUGAAAGGGCUAGAUAUAUCAGAACAUACUUCUGAUAACACAGGAUGGUUUAAUUCUGCCACUCAAAUAUGGUAUCUCCUCCAUACUCUUGUAUUAACCUCUUUCAUUACUCCAUCCAUGUAUCUGGUAAACACCCAAGCGGACAGACAUCCUAUCUCACACAUGCCACACUACCAAAUAUUACACCAGGUAUUCAAGAGCAUUCCCUCUAAACUAUAUGUGUACAUAUAACUGAUUAUAAGUGUUAUCCAAAAUAGUAUUCAAAUAUGUACGAAUCUAAGGUAUUUUUGCUAUUUCUUUUUUUUAUGUGAACUGUUACUCAGAAAAAUGUACUUGUAAUUCCCAUUUCUUACCUUG